AUGGUCGAAGUCAGACAAUAUCACCUUUUGCCCACAAACCUCAUUCCAAACUCCCCUAGGCCUUUACUUCACUAUAAAAACGUUUUGGCCAAGAAUGUCGACUCCCACUGCGACCCAGGUGACGUCUGGGACAUGUUCACUAAGAAUGAAUGGAAAGUGAACUGGAUAUUUCGCUACAGCGAUACACAACUGUCUCACUAUCACUCAAAAGCGCACGAAUGUAUGGCCGUUCUUUCCGGCACAGCGAGCAUCCGAUUUGGCGUCGCCGACACUUCCCCAGAUAUGAACGAGAACACAUAUAACUCCGCUUGGGAAGAAGGAGGUGUCUUGCUGGAAGCUGAAGCUGGGGACGUGUUUAUAAUACCAGCUGGUGUGGCACACAAGACACAUAAUACGAGGCCCAAGGCCGACUUUGCACUUUUGUCCCCUGGGAACGGACAUGGCAUCGAGGCCGAUGACCCAAAGAAAGCACUAUCCGAGAUUAAGCUGCACGGGUUUACAAUGAUGGGAGCGUACAAUGGAGGCGACUGGGACUUUAUCGCGACUGGAGGGAAUUUUGAAAGGGUAUGGGCUGUUCCGAAGCCGAAGUAUGAUCCUGUUUUUGGAAGUCAGGAGAUUGGGCUUUGUAAAACGUGGCAUGGAAGCAAUGAGGAGCCCAGGGCUCGCCUAUAA